AUGGAAAUCUGGCUUCAUUGGCUUAAAGUAAUGGAGUCAGAAGAAUUUUUGAAUUUCACUACGAAAAAGUACAGAUAUAUAAGAUAUUUGCUAAUGUCACAUCAAGAAGGUUUUGGUCGAGAGGAAUGGGGACAAUGCAAAGUCAUGGGACAUGCAGAAAUAACUAAGGUGGGCCAGGAAUUACAAUAUUGCAGUGACAUGACAAAAGAAUAUAGUAAGGACAGUAGUAGAGUGUAUUAUCGUCAGUAUGGAAAAUACUUUUUGCCAGAGAUCCUGGGUUCGAGACCAGACAAGCACAUCCAUGAUGAGAUGUAUCCAUUGAUACCUCAUUCACCUUGA